AUGGAUCCCCAAACGGGCGUCCUGGGCAGCCUCACUGCCGACCAGGAGGCUCGUCUGCAGCAGUUAUGGAUGUUUCUGCUCAACGCUUUCGAGAGCAAUAGUAUCUAUGACAACAACCUCUCGACACCGACCGUUCCACGGCGCUCAAAUAGCCUGGAUGAGCCUCCGCUGUCUCCGGCCAGUUUCAAUACAUCGUUCUCUGGCAGCCGUCUCAGCAUGUCCAGCAACACCAACAUCAUACCACCUAGUCCGACAACUCCUAUCUCGCCGAUUUCGCCGACAACUUUAUCAGAGACACAGUCACAGUCACACAAGCCGCAGCACCAGCGAUCCCUGCGAAAGCUGCGCCGACGGAUUUCCCUCAAUAACGCUUCCGAACCCGUCUCAUCAGCAACACCAAUACCUCAAAGGUCAUCCACGCACAAACGUUCGCUAAUGUUCCAGACCCAGUCUAUGGGCGGCAUCCACUUACGGCCGAGUCCGCAAAAUACCAAAGUGAUGCAGCGCGUCAUGGCCACCUACAAGAUCGGUCCGGACGAGCUGCGACAAGGACUGCUCAGGUCGUUGAAACAAGAUCACCCUGACUCCAUGCUGCUGCGUUUCUUGCGCGCACGAAAAUGGAAUGUGGGCAAGGCAUUUGUCAUGCUGGUCUCUGCAAUAGCGUGGCGGACUAAGAAGAUGCAUAUCGACGACGACAUCGUGCGACGCGGAGAGCUGUAUGCCUAUCAGCAAAGCAGGAGUUUGAAGCUGGAUCCGAGAGAGCAGAGGAAAGCGUGGGACUUUAUGAAGCAGUUGCGUAUGGGCAAAAAUAUUAUCCAUGGGGUUGAUCGUGCUGGACGGCCAAUCGUCAACAUUCGCGUGCGUUUGCAUCGUGCCGAGGACCAGGCUGAUGAUGUGCUGGAACGAUAUGUUGUGCAUACCAUUGAGAGUGUGAGGAUGUUGCUACGACCGCCGUUGGUCGAGACUGCUAUACUCAUCUUUAACAUGACCGACUUUUCCAUGGCUAAUAUGGACUAUACGCCAGUGAAGUUCAUCAUCAAGUGUUUAGAGAACUUUUAUCCAGAGUCUCUUGCGCGGAUUAUCAUCCAUAAAGCGCCGUGGUUUUUUUCAGGAAUCUGGAAAAUGAUCAAAACCUGGAUGAACGACUCCCUCGUCUCUAGGGUGUUCUUCACCAAAAACCUCUCCGACCUCGAGCUCUACAUCCCUCGGCAAAACAUCCCGUCAGAUCUAGGGGGCUCAGAGGAUAAGUACCAAUACCACUACAUCGAGCCUGAUGCCGACGACCUUGCCGAAAACCUCCCGCUUGAGACACACUCGCCGACGCGCAAUUUCCUGCUCAACCAGCACCACCGCAUUUCCGAGGAGUUCCUCGAGACAACGCGGCUGUGGCUACAGACAAGCGCAAUGCGUGACACCAUUGGGACAGCGGUGCAGCAGGACCGACGCGCGGAGCUCAUCGAGGAAUUGAGAAUCAAUUUCUGGAAACUCGACCCUUUUGUUCGUGCGCGCUGCCAGUUGGAUCGUGAGGGGGUUAUUGUCAGUGAUGGCAUUGGCACGAUCAAUUUUUAUCCUCAUUUGCGCCCGGUUACCUCGAGCUCCGAAUCGUUUGGAACGACUUCUGCUGGAGCAGCGGUGACUACGUCCUCGGGGCUAUUGUCACCUUCCUCUUCCGUGCUGAGUGCUGCUCACGAUCAUGAUUAUAAGCAUGAUGUUGAUGUUGUCGCUGAGACAGUCGGUAAGCCGGGCGCAGAACAGACGACGUCAAGCACUACAAUGAAUAUGGUAAAUUUCCUGCUUGACGACAGCGACAUUGACCACGACGAUGGUGGCGAUGACAAUGGAUAUCAAGCGCGAGACGACUUUAUGCAAGAAUACAUGGAUGACGGUGCAGGGCACAGGAAUCCUUCUAGUGAUAAUACUAUCAACGACGAAAUGCGAGAAUGGAAAUUUCCCGAAGAGGAAAUUCCGCAACACAACCACACUAUCAUUACCACGACUAACGAUUACGACGACACUGCUAGUGCAGAGAAAGACACAAAUAUCAACAACAACAACCCACUAAGCGAUGUAGAGACAGACACGGACACGGACACGGACAUGGACACAGAUCUAGACGACGACGACGACGAAGAAAUUGAAAUCCACGACGCGGUCACACAGAAAAUCACGUAUCCGCGAGCAGGCGGUCUUGUAGGAAGGACAGCCGUGAGAUUAGUGAAUGUGCGAUGA